UAAUGUAUCGGAACUUACCUUACAUAAACUUAUGUCACACGGAGGCUCUUUUUAACCAACGUCUAAACAUACUUAAAGCUUAGAUUUGUUCGCUUCAAAUGUUAGACGUCUUGACCAACUUCGAAAUUCUUGCAUAGAUAAAAAUAUCGCUGAAUGCUUGUAGGACCAUGAAGUUUAUUAGAUAAAUGAAAGGCUACUAGAGAGGCGAUGGAGAUCGAUUCGGAGAGAGUCGAGUCGAGUCUGUGGAUCGGUAAUAAACGCUACAGGGCUUUCCUGAGUGGAUGGUACUUCAGCUGGACUGAGAUCGACAAGAGAAACCGGGAGAAGAAAACAAUUUCAGUGCCGGUGUCAGAGGUGAUUGGGGUGAAGGAGGGUCGAGUUGAGAUCCAACCCCAGAAGAAAGUAGAGGACACUGAUCUUGAUUUUACAUUAUUCUAUGUGAAGCGCAACAGCAAAGGAAAUGGCAUUAGAGCACCAUGGAGUCUGGGCAGGACCCAGUUCUGCUGUCCUAGCCGGGGUGUCCGGGAUCAAUGGAUCACUCAACUCCGAACCGCACUCAAAACCCACAGCCCCUCGCGUCCUCACCAGUUGUUGGUGUUCAUUAAUCCUUUUGGAGGAAAGAAGAGGGGGAAACAGAUCUUUCACUCUCUAGUGGCCCCUCUGUUUGAGCUGGCUGGCAUCAGCUCUCAUGUUGUGGCGACUGAACGAGCAAAUCAGGCCAGAGACUACAUCCUGAAGAAAGACUUAACAGGGUUUGAUGGUGUCAUUUGCGUGGGUGGAGACGGCAUGUUCAGCGAGCUGCUGCACGGUGUGAUUGGACGAACCCAGCAGGAGGCGGGAGUUUCAGAACAUGACCCGACCGUAAUGCUGCAGCCGUGUGACCUCCACAUUGGCAUUAUUCCAGCAGGCUCUACAGAUUGUGUGUGUUUCACUACCAUGGGCAUUAAUGACCCUGUGACAUCGACGCUGCACAUCAUCAUUGGAGACUCUCAGCCUCUGGAUGUGUGUUCUGUCCAUUAUCAGUCAACAUUGGUGCGUUAUUCUGUCUCUAUGGUGGGCUACGGUUUCUAUGGAGAUGUUUUGGCAGAGAGCGAGAGGCACCGCUGGAUGGGCCCUCUCAGAUAUGAUUAUUCAGGUUGUAUGGUGUACUUGAGUAACAGGAGCUAUCCAGGACUAGUGCAAUACCUCCCUGCUGAUUCCCAUAUCUCCAGCCCACGGGACAACACUCGCUGCCUCUCAGGGUGCCGAGUGUGUUCAGAGAGCAAAGAGAGGCUGUUCCCCCACUUUGAAAGCUCCAGUUCCCUGUACAGCGCUAAUGUGAGCCAGUACAGCAGUGAGUUAGAGGGUGAGUGGGUGACUGUUGAAGGCAGGUUCAAGUGUAUCUCUCUCACCUGUAUAUCAAGCUCAUGUCCACGGAGCCCAAAGGGUCUUUCACCGUCCGCCCACCUGGCCGAUGGGACAGCUGACCUCAUCCUGGUGCGAGAAACUAACCCUCUGGGCUUUCUCACAUACCUUCACAGGCACACAAACACACAGGAUCAGUUUGACCUGCCCUUUGUUGAAGUUCAUCGUGUCAAGGCUGUUCGGUUUUCUUUACCCCCUGGAGAGGAAGAAGAGGAAGAGGAGGAGGAGUAUGAGGGGGGUGAUCAAGAAAUUCAGGCCUCCACUGAGAGUGUGCUGGAAGAUCCUGAGAAACUGUGCUGUAGUAACACUGCAGGUCACUCACAGCAGCAUCUCACAGGGAGGAAGGAGAGAGGAAAUGUGACAACGAGUAGAGUAAAGAGACGAGGCUUUGUGUGUGGGCCUUGCGGCACUAAACCUCGCUCGGUGUCAGUGUGGAACUGCGAUGGAGAAAUUCUGCCUCACACCGAAAUCUCAUGCAGAGUUCAUGGCCAGCUGGUGCGUCUCUUUGCCAGGGGCAUCGAGGAUUCAACAAUGCCAUAAACCUAGCUAACAAAACAGAUAUGAUCAACCUAACAGAUGACCUCUUUAUUGCAUUCUUCAUGAGGACUUCAUUAUAAGGGAGAUAUAAUAUCAAGAAUAGAGAUAUUAACAUAUGUGGGUGAUGGAUCAGUUUUAGAUCUGUCAUAAUAUUGUUCAUUUCACUGAUUUUAUAGCUUUUUUGCAGUGCAAAAAAGUAUGCAACAUUUUAGUGCAAUCUGACAGAUAAUGUUAACUGUUGGGUCACGUUUAUUUAAUUGAGGUUUUGCACAUUAGUGAGAGCACUGGUUUGUCUGUCUAGGGCUUGUGCAUGGGAGUGGCGGUCACAAACAAGAGUGAAUGACAUGUUUUAAGGGAGUGGACUCAUUCCAGUCAAGUGGAAUGUACAUAGACAGGAUGUCAAUGGGUUUGAUGUUCAAAAUCAU